CCACAACAACGUACGCACUCGGGCACUCCACUGCAAACCCACUUCAGCACUGGAAAGUAAAGACAUGAUCAGACGAGCCAAUUAAGCAAAGAACUGGGUCACAAUGGCAGCAGCUCCCGCCAUCUCAUCCGUGCUCCGCCUCCUCCCUCUCCUCCUCCUCGCCGCCUCUGCCGACGCCGCCACCUUCACCGUCACCAACAAGUGCCCGGACACCGUGUGGGCGGCGGCCGUGCCGUCCGGCGGCGGGAAGCAGCUGGACCCGGGGCAGCAGUGGGUGAUCGACGUGCCGGCCGGCACGACGGGCGGUCGGGUGUGGGCGCGCACGGGGUGCAGCUUCGACGGGGGCGGCAGGGGCCAGUGCCAGACGGGCGACUGCGGCGGCGUGCUGCAGUGCACGGCGUACGGGCAGCCGCCCAACACGCUCGCCGAGUUCGCGCUGAACCAGUUCAACAACCUCGACUUCUUCGACAUCUCCCUCAUCGACGGCUACAACGUGGGCAUGGACCUCCUCCCCGACGGCGACGGCGCCGGGUGCACCAAGGGCGGGCCUCGGUGCGAGGCGGACGUGGCGGCGCAGUGCCCCGGCGAGCUGAGGGCGCCCGGCGGGUGCAACAACGCGUGCACGGUGUUCAAGCAGGACCAGUACUGCUGCACCGGCUCGUCGGCGGACAACUGCGGCCCGACCGACUACUCCAGGUUCUUCAAGGGGCUCUGCCCCGAUGCCUACAGCUACCCCAAGGACGACCAGACCAGCACCUUCACUUGCCCGGGCGGCACCAACUACCAGGUCGUCUUCUGCCCAUGAUCAACAGGAAGAGAGCAUCUGAGUGAUCUUGGCAGCUAGUAGUAUAUGUAAACAAUAAAUAAGCAUACUAUCCCUUGUGCAGGAUUUGUAUCGGAAUAAGAAAAGAAGCUACUGAUCCGUGUAAUGAAGUUGGACCAUGCAUGAUAUGGUUAUCCAUAUGCAGAAUUCGUUCAUAAUUGAAGUGAUUUUUUCACGUA